AUGCUCUGCCAGAUCCUCAUGCAAGCCAAGAAGCAUCCCAGCUCGAUCCCUCUCUUUGUAUUCACUGGAGCAGGAGGUACUGGAGCAGUACUCUAUGGAAUGCACUUGGCAUUGUUCAAUCCAGAGGUCAGCUGGGACAGGAAGAAGAACCCAGAGCUUUGGGACAAACUGUGCCCCAAUGACCAAUACAAGUUCCACUCAGUCAAUGUUGACUACAGCAAAGUGAAGAAAGACUUCUAA